AUGGAUCUCCUAGGCCCGUACACCGCCGCUCCCGGAGGGAGGCGCUAUGUCAUUGUUGCUGUAGAUUACUUCACCAAGUGGGUGGAAGCGGAAGCACUCAAGAAUAUAAGAACCAGUGAUGUAAGAUCAUUUAUUCGGAAAAAUAUCAUGACUCGCUUCAGAAUACCACAAGCUAUCGUCUUUGAUAAUGGGCCUCAUUUUGAGACUCCUAAGCUGAAGGAAUGGUUAACAGACCAUGGGAUAAAAAAGAAGCUGGACGAAGCUAAGGGUCGGUGGGCUGACGACCUGCCAAAUGUCUUAUGGUCAAUCCGCACCACGGCUAAGAACUCCAUCGGCGAAACCCCCUUCUUACUAGCUUAUGGUGCCGAGGCUGUCCUUCCCACAGAGAUGUAUGAACCUACACUGAGGGUCAUGCUAUAUGACGAGAAUGCUAAUUGGGAAAUGAUGAAGAUGGCCUUAGACUUCCUGCCUGAGGUUAGAGGAAAUGCGGCACUAAGACAACAACUGUACAAGUUAAGGAUGGCGAGGGAAUACAACAAGAAAGUCUCCAAAAGGGUGCUCAAAGGGGGAGAUUUCGUUCUCCGAAAAAUGGAGUCAAUAGGACGAGCCAAUGAGCAGGACACGCUCGUCAGGGAAAGUGACGACCUUACAAAAGCAUACUGCGGCAUAAUUUGGUGCCUGCGGCAAAAAGACCUUGGAACAAAGGUUGCUUGCUCAACAGUCCCGCGGCAACAUUUCUUGCCGUCCAAACUUUGGUCGUCCACUUCAUCUGACGAGCCUGUCUAG